AUGAGCCAGUAUACACCUAAUGACAUGCCCCCAGCCGCUCCACCCAGAAUCCCCACAAGUGAAGAGUGUUCAGAGCGGCUCAGGGAUCACAUCAAGAAGGAAUCGAAGGGGCUGGCCAGAAUAAUCAAAGACGAUCUACUGACCUCGUCUGCGGAAAGGGCCGUAAGUAUGUUCACUAAUUUAGUGGGGCUUGGCUGCCCAGGAACCGAGAUUGCAAUGAAUCUUAUUAUACUUACGCUCUACGAUAUUGUUAUAUUAAUUGAUGAUAGUUUCUCCAUGAAAACAGAUCCUAAACUCCUUCCAAACCUUGAAAAACUUAUCGAACAGAUCUGUGCGAUAUACGAGCUUGCCAAUGAUAAAGGAGUAAAUUCGAUCCGAUUUAUGAAUCACUACGAGGGAGGGAUAAACGUCUGCAAAAAGGAUCACGUCAAGAGUAUAAUAGAUUCGUCGCCAUACACAGGGGUUUCAAGGAUAGGCACAGAAUUGCAAAGAAGAGUCCUAGAUGAGUUUGUACCGCGGCCGGGCGGGGACAUGACUAUGACCAAACCGCUCCUUGUGUUGACCUUCACCGAUGGAAUUAUCGAGGGCGAGGAAGUAGGUCUGCUAACCAAGGUAAUCAUGAGAUGCCUUUUACGGUUAAUGUCUGGCCCUGAAAAAGGAGGAGAAGAAGCGGUCGCGUUCCAAUUUAUCUGUCUCGGGGCAGAUGAAGGCGCGAAAAGAUUCCUUCAAUUCGUAGACGACCAUGAGAAUAUAGGACACCGUGUAGAUUGUGUCUUACCAGAAUAUCACAAGCUUCAUACCAUUGACCAGGAGAAAUGGAGUGAUCCAGACGGGAGUAAAUGGCCUGCUGUGUCUAAAAUACUGCUCGGCCCACUCCUGGCCAAUUUUGACAACCAUGACGAGGAACUCAAUAUACCUUAUACAGAUAUAGACUUUAGAGGUUUUAAGGGUAUCGCGAAACGAUCCAAAGAUAUACCCAAAGAUAACUAA